AUGAUCGUCGCUCCAUUCUACGGUUUCGACAAAAAUGGCGUCACAAAAAAGACUGCAGACGAUGUUAAAGAGCUCAAGAAGAUUGUGAACUACCAGGAGGACAAGACCGCCUACUCCGAAGAAGAUCGAGCAAACGACGUCUUGAAAGUCGAGAUGAACCAGCGGCAAAAGUUGACCAAACCAACUUGGGUAAACUUACCAGCAGCGUUUAGUGUAGACUACGCGACCUCUAUGAAACGGACCGGGAAGUUAAGGGAUAAAAGCGCUCGUACUCUGUUAUUCGCCAUGGACGAUCUGGUUGCGGCAAGCAAGGCCGAGCCCAACUGA